CACGUGACCUAUAAACACCUGUCGCAUACACGGUACCGGUUCGGCACUACAAAAAUAGCAACAAACCAACAAUUUCAACUUCUGUGAUAAGAGAAACAAAAGAUUUCAAUUUAAGUUAAUGUAAAAGGAUUUCAUGAAUUAUGAGACUGGUUUAUGGCAUGGAGUAGAAAUCAAUCUUAAAAUUUUCAGCUUGAUGAAUCCAAGCAAAGAACCAACGCUUUAAAAAAUGACAACCCUUCCUCGACUUGCUCCAGCUGAAACUUCAAUUAAAAGCAUUCUCCACCCAGGGAUCUGCGAUGGAGAACCCAAACGUAAAUCCUUUUCUUCUAUCGGCUACCGUGAACUAUCAAACUCAUGGGGAGGAUCUGCUACCCAUCACAUUGAUGACAAACCAACUUCACAUACCGCUCAGGGAUUAGGAAGAUCGUACCCCCGCCUUGAUCCCCUUCACCCGCCUAAGUUCAGUAGGACUGUCAGCUUAGAAACCACGAACCCACACUUUCAGAAUGAACUGAGAUCACUGAAUAUGAAAAGAGAACAAUAUCAUAAGUAUCAUAGAUCAUGGAUGAAGCCAAUAUAUGGCAGCAAGCUGGAACAAGAGGACCACAGGAAACACAUCCGGAGCUCACUGAAAGACCAGAUGAGUGAGAAGGAUUCUCGUCACAAAACAUUUAUGAAGGAUCGCUUCGUGGAGAGUCAGACAGCUGUAGCCUAUGACAGGAAAUGUCUGGAUGCUGACAAAGAAGCGCUCAAGAAGAAAUCCCUUUAUCUGCACCAGUUCAGAGAUGAGAACAAAAAGCUAAUGGAGAAGAAGUGGGAGGACACUAGGCAAACCAGAGAUCAUUCUAAUGUAGUAGAGCAGGAGCUCCUCAAGUAUAACCCUAUCAACUGGAGUCAGUCGUUGCGAUGAAUGACAACUUUUUCCAUUUUUAUUGUUCUGUUUAUUGUAAAAGGUCAUGUUUGUGUACUUUUUGUACAUUUUUUAUGUUUGCAAUUGUUUACGAUGCUGAUUUGUUGCAAUAUUACAUAAGAGUAUGUGAAGGUCAUGUAUCAUUAAGUUAUUUUCAUGUUGAAUUGACAUGUACUCUUGUAUAUAUUUUGUGAUAUUUUGUUUGUGUUUAUCAAUCAUUUAAUUGUAUGAAACUGAAGUAGAUGGAAUAAAAAAUAGAAUAAGGAAGUACAUUUUGAAGAACCAAAAUUAUGUUGGCUAUUCAUUCGUGUAACUACAUGAACAUGUAGAAUGUCAGUUACUAAAAUGCUGCUUGGGCAACAAGACCAUCUAUACGUACACUUAAAGACAGUAGGCUAAUUCUCCUUACCGGUAGUUGAAGUACAUGUGUAUUUAUAGAACAGUUAAUGCAAAGCAUGUGAUAUUUACCCAUUCUAAAUCAAAUUUUGCCCAAGUCAAACCUACUUCUCUUGUCCAAAGAGAUUAGACUUACUCAGACUCACAUUAAUUACUUUUGUAUUGAAUUCAACUAUUUCAAUAUAAAAAAACAUUUUAAUAAUUUACUUCUAUACUAUAGAUAUGGGGAAAGAUGGCAUAAUAAGUGACACAAGAAUCAGAAGUAUUUUCCAAGAUAUUUAGAGUUGUACUUCCACAGUGAGUGGGUGUUACUAUACAUGUACAUCAUUUGAAAUUUAUUCUAAAUUAUAUUAUACAUAUGACUAUAUGUGACAGUGUACUCCUGGAAUAAGUUUAUGCAGGUAAAAUUGAUCAUCACUGCCCAGGUAGCCUGUCUUAUACAUACAUGAAUAUUUCAGAAUUUCUUUUAGUAAUUUUUGAAAAUAGCACAUUAUUGGAUUGAUACGUUGACCCUCAACAUUUUAGUUGAUUUUUUUUUGCCUCUACUCUUGUUUUAUCCAAUGGGUCUUCAUUUUAAAGGAAUCCAAGAAUUUUACAAACUUGUUCAUCAGAUUUAAGGAUGUGGGAAUAUGGUGAUUUGUACUGUAAUUUGUUAUAAGGUUACCUAUGUACUAACUGUAAUAUGGGCAAUUGCGUAAACUAAUCAACCUUUUUGUACAUCCGACCCCCAUUUUUCUCAAGUUUUACUUCACUUUGGGUAAUGACCAAGUCAUGAUCGUUUGAGAGCAUUACAGACUGUCAAAAGAACCAGAAAUCAGAGAUGGAAAAUUUCAUGAAGGUCCCACAAACAUGGGGUCAGAUGUAAAUAUUUAAUGGAAUUGCCCAUAUACAAACCUGAGGAAGUAAUUUGAAAAAAAAAUAUAUCUUCAUUCUUCACCAUUUUAAUGUUCAUAAUAUUUCAAGGCAUCCCAAUGAUUGUUGUUUGGGACUCCCCCUUCCCCCAAGAAAAAAAAAUAAUAAGAAAAACAAACAUACAUGUAAAAUAACAAAUACAAAUUGAAAUUCCAAAUUACAUAUUUUAAUAAACUCAAUUUACAGAGCUAUGGCAUUUGUAAAUCAGCCUCAUCAUUUUUUUUUCUGGCUGCAUCUAGACCAACAUGGAAGUCAACAUUAAAUUAGUUUCUGAAAUUAUAUUGUAAUUAUCAAAAUGAUAAUCAUUCUUGGAUAUUUUUAUCUUCUAAUGAAAUUGUCAGUUAUAUUGUGUUAAAUUGUAUCAGCUCUUGUUCAAUGUUGAAUGUAUCCCUGUAGGUAAAAUAUAUCUUUAAGAUCAUACUCAUAUUUUCAGCAUUUGUGCCAAGUUAAGUAUUAAUUGAAAGUAAAUUGUUCUCCACAUGUAUAUAUAUUGUAUAAAUUAUAUUCUCUACUAAAGUCUACAUGGAGAAUACCAAAAUUUACA